AUGAAGAAAGUUAAUCCCAUUCCAUAUUCGGGCGAAAAACGUGUCCCUUUUAACAAUCCAAGACAAGGAAUGCAUUAUGCAUACCAUCACCAGAGCUUAAACCGAUUAGCAAAUCAUGCUCAUCUUCGGCCUCAGAGUCGAACGCGUGGCAAACAGGAUUCGAGUUGCCAAACUGUAAUGACUUUAUUGGAUCCUAUACAGCAACGAAUUAGACAAAUAAGAAAAAAAACGAUUCCCGAUUUGUUUCCGCCAUUGCCGCCUGAAUGGCUUAGUGCCCUGCCGCCAGUGCUGCCGCCCAAUAAACGGGCAGCCACUGACCUUACUCCAGUGCUUGCACCCGAACUUGAUGAUGGUUGGAAUGGAGUCUCCUUUGGCUUUUCCUUAAGAUGA